UUUCACACGCCGGGAAGGUCGCAGUGACCGGACUGAAAGAACCUCUUUACCCGCAACGAUGAUGUCGCUAGCUGCGCGCUCCGGGGUUUUUUCCCCCUACUUGCAGGCUACCAACUUUGCCGUGGCCGGACCCCUUAAAGCCAUUGUCCCUGGAGUCGUCAUCAAGGGGGAAAAAGUACUGUUUGACCUAAAGAAACCUUUCCUAUGCCGCGAGUCUUUAGACGGUCAGAGCCCGAAGACGGGACCUGCUAUCUCAGUUAGCAUCAGCGCCCGUUCUGGAAUCCGUUUCGCCCACACUGACAUCAAGAUCCCAGACUUCUCAGACUACCGACGACCUGAGGUGCUGGACUCCAAGAAGUCCUCCCAAGAAAGCAGCGAGGCCAGGAGGACCUUCUCCUACCUGGUCACCGGGGCGACGGCCGUGGUGGGCGUGUACACCGCCAAGGCGGUGGUGUCGCAGUUCAUCUCGUCCAUGAGUGCCUCGGCCGACGUCCUGGCCCUGUCCAAAAUCGAGAUCAAGCUCGGCGACAUCCCAGAGGGCAAGAACAUGACCUUCAAGUGGAGAGGCAAGCCGCUCUUCGUCCGGCACCGGACGGCCAAGGAGAUUGAGGCGGAGGCGGCGGUCAACCUCGGCGAGCUGCGGGACCCCCAGCACGACAAGGAUAGGGUGCUCAACCCCGAGUGGGUCAUCGUGAUUGGCGUGUGCACCCACCUGGGCUGCGUGCCCAUCGCCAACGCCGGCGACUACGGUGGCUACUACUGCCCCUGCCAUGGCUCCCACUAUGACGCCUCGGGGAGAAUCAGGAAAGGCCCUGCUCCCCUCAACCUGGAGGUGCCCUAUUACGAGUUCCCCGAUGACGACACGGUCGUGGUGGGUUAGGUGCGAGACUGCCUUUCUGUUUGAUUUGAUCUGUAUAUUCCCUGGGUUGUGUCAGCGUCUUUGCUCGUACCAUCUGUUCUCCUCAGACAUCACUCUGGGGUGGUUAAAAUUUGAGCUGAUUGUAAGUAAUAAAUGUACAUUUUUCCUCAUCUAAAGCAGCUUGUGUCUAGUUAUUUAUUCAACUAAUUUGAUCUGAUACCAUGAUGAGUAUGCCCGAAAUUAUAUCUAGAUUUCUACGAUCGAUGCUCAAGAUGAGUUUUUUGUUGGACACACAAGGUUGCUUUUGACCUGCACUUAUAUGAUGUGGACGCUGUGGAAGAUGAACAUGGAGGCAGCAAUGGGCUGAAGUUUUACUUGGCUGAGAACAUGGAGAGAUUUUCGAAGGUGGAGUUCCUGGUGGGUGUUUAUUUGGUGUUAAAAUUAUUAUAAUUAUAUAUCUUGAGUUCCUUAGCUAUUCACAUUCUUCAAAUCCAAUCAUUUAAUGUAGGCAAUGUUGCCAGGAGUGGAUAGUAAUUCAUGAAAGCAAGAGUUGUGUCACGUAUUUUGACUGAUUUUCGACUGAGGCAGUGAUAUUAGUAAAUUACCCUGCCAUGAAGACUGUUGAAGUUAGCAAAUGUCAGAUAUGUUGAGCACGAGAGUCCAUGUAAAACAGCAACGCGUUACCCAUGUUCUACUCAUGUACAUAGAGUUGUGUAAAACUAUAUGUACUCGUGUGUGCUUAAUAAAUAAAGGUUUGACAGAAAAUG